AUGCAUGUCGUGCAAGAGAGUCGUGGAGCUCACCAUUGGCUGCAACCAUAUCACGUACGAAGUGCCUUUCUCCAGACAUACCAAGUUCUAGAAAUGAACACUCCCAUUCGCACAGCUGCUGACUUUGUAUCAAUUGAUGUUCACAGGUGCAUCUGCGGUGCCCAAUUCUGCUACGCUUGCGGGCAGCGGUGGAAGACGUGUCUGUGUCCUCGAUGGAAUGAGAACCGGCUGCUGUGCCAACUUCCAGUAGUGGCUGGACGGGCAAACAACAAUGAUGGAGUCAACGACGAACCUGACGAUGAAGAUCCAGAAGAAGAAUCGGACGAAGAAUCCGAUAAUGAUGACGAAUCUUCUGACUCAGAAGACGACUGCCAACACGAGCACUGGAGAUAUAUCCAAGGCAGAAAUGUCUGUGAGGGAUGCGCGGGGGGUGAUGAUUCAGCAGCCAGCCAGCCACAUGUUGGGAGGUUUGGCCAAUAUCUGGCAAACAUGAUGCGUGCCACCAAGGUUCCGACAUGCCUAUAUUAUGCACGGUACUUGCUUGCAGCCUGCAACUUGGAGUUCACGACUCAAUCAGCCGUCAUCUACACUCGCCAAAACGAAACUCGAGUCAAAUUGAGCCAGAUAAUGAAAGCUGCUGGCGAGGUAGGUGGUUAG